AUGCCUGGAGUGUUGCGGGCGCUACUCGUGCUGGCCGCCGCCGCGCCGCUGCUGGCCGACAUCAACGUCAUGAAGGACGUCACGCUCGGCUUCGGCCAGGCGCUCGACAAGUGCCGCGAAGAGAGUCAACUGACGGAGGAGAAGAUGGAGGAGUUCUUCCACUUCUGGCGCGACGAUUUCAAGUUCGAGCACCGCGAGCUCGGCUGCGCCAUCCAGUGCAUGAGCCGGCACUUCAACCUGCUGACCGACUCCAGCCGCAUGCACCACGACAACACCGAGAAGUUCAUCCAGUCGUUCCCUAACGGCGAGGUGCUGGCGCGCCAGAUGGUGGAGCUGAUCCACUCGUGCGAGAAGCAGUUCGACCACGAGGACGACCACUGCUGGCGCAUCCUGCACGUGGCCGAGUGCUUCAAGGGCUCGUGCGUGCAGCGCGGCAUCGCGCCCUCCAUGGAGCUCAUGAUGACCGAGUUCAUCAUGGAGGCCGAGGCGCGCUAGCUCUACCUCACUCACCUUCGCACUAUCACUAACAUUCAUCAUUUCGCUGACAAAUACAUUUAGAUUAGGUGACGUAAUUUAAUUGAUGCUAGGCAGGUAAGACAGCACGUAUGUUGCAGCGAGAUCACGAAUGCGUGCUAAUGAAGACUUUGAGAGGUGGUGCAGCGCUAAAGCUGCUCCGCCACUAUUGUGUUUAGUAUUUAGCUGAUAGUACAUGAGCGCAACAUGUUGAGAUGUUGCACUCGGAUACACAACGACGACCCGGCGCGCUCUCGGUACUGCGAUCGCAAACGAUGCCACAAUUAGAGACAGUGCUGCUAUGGCACUGAAAAUAACUACUUAUAACAACAAAUCAAAGGUUCUGGAAUAUAAAUAUAUACCUACAUGAUUGCUUUGAAA